AUGUCAUCAGUAGACACAUUUAUAGAAAAUAUUAUUAACAAAUUUUUUUUUGAGAAUACUUAAAGAGCAUACUUGUUUUAUAUAGAAAAACCGGCAUUUUAAAUUUAAUUGCAAGAGACCCAUUCUUUCCUUAUCGUCAGAACAGUAUGUGAUCUCAAUACCUGUCUUCGGAGGCAUUUAUAUUUUGUCUUUCUUGUUUGCCUUGCGCCUAAUAGUCCUAAGAAAAAAAGAACACACAGCUUUGGAAGGAACGCCACAUUCACAUUUAAAUUGAUCUUAACAAUAUAUUCGACAUGGAUCCGGAAAACUUAGAGGUGGACAGAAAUGACGACGAUUCCCAGGAGUCAGACGCGACCAGCCUUAGCUCUGUAAGCUACAAGGAGAACGAUGAUCCUCAAGUAAAGCAUGAGACUGAGAAAGCCAUCUGUAUCAUGCCGCCACGCCCAGGAACUGCUAUGAUGAACUACCAGGAACUUUUUAUACCAAGAAAUCAGCUAACUGAUGUAUAUUACCCCAUUCAGGAGGCGCAGCGCUGGCUUACGCUGAUGGACAAGAUGGGCAAGGCACAUCGUUUCCCACUGCCCACGAUCCUACCAAAAGUGAUCCAGACCCGCUACGUCCCAAAGCGGCACCUUCCCAAGGACGUAGAGGUGGACCGCAGACGUCGCCAGUAUCAGAAGAUCAACCUGGUAGAGGAGCUGGCCAAGGCGGGACUCACCGACGACGUCCUUCAGCCCACCGAGGAGCAGUACAACGUAAUGUCCGAGUUCGCCUUCCCCCACAAGUUUCCACUGAGCUAUUUCGACGACAGCAACUUUGACAUUAACUCGCCUGCGGCUUGGUUCGAGCUCGGAGUUGUUGGGGAUGCCCAUUACCCGCUUCCAGCGAAGGCUUACCUGCCCUACAACCAGAGCCUGCUUAACUGCCAGUGGGGCAUGGCAGCCGUCACCGCGCAUCACGAGGACUCGGACCUCUGGACUCUUCUGUCGCUGGAAGACGGAUGCACCUACAAAGUACCCAAGCUGCAGUUCAUGUUCAUGGCCGAGAACCCACACAAGUAUAUCAAGCGGCUCCAAGCCGCCGUUCAUGAGCGGCACAAGGGUGAGCAGCUGAUGCUGAUGGAGCUAAUCGUGGACUGCGUCUUGCACGAGGAUAUUGAGUCCACGGUGUUCUACAGCUUCAAGCCCAUAGAGUCGGUGCUGCAAGCUGCAAAGGUGUCAGAGCAGUGCAAGCGACGGUUGCGCUCCGAAGUGAACUUGGUGUUUGAGCGCCUGAUGGCCCUAUACGAACUGGAGCAGUUUAUCCUGAAGAUGCCAAAGGAGUUUCCCCAGUUCCGGAACAUCAAUCUCAAGGAGUUCCUGCCCCGCUCCUUCGCUGUCGAUGUCUCCGGGAAGGAGCGCGUGGAGCUGCAGGCCCUCGGCAUCACCAUGCAGGAGAAGCGUUACGACUACUUGAAGGCGAGUCUUUUCUACUGCGGGGGCGGCAUCGAGGCUAUGGCCGGAGUGGCCAUCGAGUGCCAGUACAUCGAGACCCUUUCGAUCUUUAUCUGCAGCUUCAGCAAGCCUUUGGCCCUUGUUGACUUCCUGCAGGCGCAAGAGGCACAUAGCGACAACGUGGCCACGUUCCUCAAGGUCUAUUGGCCACAGCAGCUCACAACCGUCAUCACUGUAGUACUCCGAGCUCUGGGAAAGGGAUGGCUGGACAUAUCCCUUAACACCUGGACAGUCUAUCUCAUGUGCAAAAUCUCGAGGUUUGUACUUCAGGUGAAAUUUCGCAUGCAAGAGUCCAUGGAGGUGCUACUCGAGACGUCUCUGGUCAACUUCUCACACUUUGUUUGCGAUCCGUGUCUGCAGUUCCUUCCACUGAAGCCCAACUACAAAUGGACCAGCAACUACAUCGACACAGAGUUUCCCUUCCACAAACCUGUGUUUGCAAUGACCCUUGGCAUUAACGAGGACCGCAAGGUCUUUUACUCCACUGACCCAGAUGAAUUCCAGCCGGGCCUGGUGGAGAUCUUCAAGAAGUGCCUGGAGAAGGCGGCUGGAGUGCGGCUCAUAGAUGCGUCUGUCAUGAGUUUUCUGAAAUUCGCCCCGAACCUGUACAUCCUGACGGUGGAGUUGAUCGAAGAUCGCUUUCUAAGGGAGAAUGAGAUUUUAAAGAACUGCUACGCCAAGGCAGUGCUGCCUCUCAGGGCCUACGCCCGAAUGUACGAAAGGUUUAUCGAUUUUUACCUUCUGAGCAUUAACACAUAUAUGCAGGCAUACGCUCAGGCCCGAAAGCCAUCUUCCGAGGUAAAGCGAGACAUCCUCGAGCACAAGCGGCUAAAGGAGGAGGUCCGGGAAAUUCUCCCUGCCUUUAUUACAAUCGGACCGUUCUACAUAAAUGUGGAUACACUGAAGCAAUUUAUGAUAAGGAAACGCAUCGAAAUCGUGAGACGAAUCUUCGAGUACUACGUUGACCGAAUGUAUGAGACAAAUGAGGUUCUGCUGGACCGCUGUCUGGAGAUGUUUCGGAGGAUCGCCGAACGGCCGAUCAGCAUUGAGCACCUGUACGAGAUUCGCGACUUUGCAUUGACUGUCCCGGACCUGGUGGAUGAGCUGAAAGCGGAUAUACAGGUCAUGUGGCUAGAGUACGACCUACUGGACAGCUUCUUUUACAACUUGAGUGACCAUCAGUUUGCCAUGAAGUGGAACGUCUAUGCCUGGCCGCACCAGAUAAUGGUCCGGCUAUUUACCUUGAAAGAUGAGCAAAAAGUGGACAUUGAGGAGUUCCUACGCCUGCAUUCCAGCGAAUGCCAAGCAUUCGAGGAGCGUCUAGAGUCCCUGAACGAUGAAGUGCAGGCCUACUCACUAGCGUUUAAUACAAACCGGGCCCAGGAGACGUCGGUUGAUAUCAAAAAGACGUGGGCACUGAUCAAGGAACUCGAGAAGGUCAGCCAGACCCUGCAAUUUCGCCAGGAACUCUUUGAGCUGGAGCCGCUCUCUGUGGAGUUUCUAGAGAGCAUUAUAGAUAGCUUCACCCCCUACAAGAACUUGUGGUACGCCUGUGCAAACUUUCUAAAACUCGAAGAGGCCACCGAGGGCAAUCCAAUAGCGCAACUGGAUCUGGAGGACGUGUGGAAUAACCUUAUGAAGCUUCGCGACGAACUUUCGGAAUCUAUGCAAAUAUUUAAUGAAAAGAUCGAGAUUAUGGAGGUUGCCAAAACAUUCAUUGCAAAAAUUGACGACUUUAUUCCAGUUUACAAUAGCAUAAAAGACCUUCGAAAUGAGAACUGGAUGUACAUUCACUGGCAAGAACUUAGCUCGGUUACCGGCCAAGAGAUCAAGUACACCGUUGCCAUGAAUUAUCAGUAUCUAAUACGCAAGGGCAUCUUGGAUUUCUUGCCCGAAGUCCACAUUAUAUCGGAGAAGGCCAACAACGAGGCGGAGGAAAUCCUUCGCGCCAUAGAAGAGGAAGAAAAACGGAAGCAGGCCGAACUUGACGCUCUUUUAUUGCGGAAACAGUUGCGCAAGUGUCGCAGGGAUAUUCUAUAAGUUGUUUAAGAUUUUAUC